AUGCCAGCCACAAUCUCCAAGUCCCUCCUACCUCGAGACACCCCUCGUAUUGGCGGCAGUACAGGCGGCUUCAUCGGGCUGGUUGUUGGCCUUAGCGUGAUCAUCGUCGUUUCUUGCAUUGCGAUAUUUUGGCUGCUGCGACACCACGAGCCGAGCGAACGCGAUAGGGCUGUCAGACGGGAGCGAAGAGAGACAACUGAACGUGCCUUUGGUCUGCCAAAAGUGACCGCUGGAGGUUCGACAAGAAGGGAGGCAAAUGCGAGUGCUACUAGUGCCUGGACAUCACUUUCUCAGAUGUUCAAGAGCCAUAAUGGCCACGGUUGGAUCCAGGCGUCUGGUGACGCGUGGGAGGCAGACGAAGCAGAACGCGAAAUGGGCCUCCAACAGCGUCGAUAUGAAGACGCCCCAUUCAAACCACCAGUGGUCGACCCAUACAACGAACAUGCUGUGGCCCCACCCCCCACCAGCCGAGCAAGCUCGAUGCUGAGCUAUCCCCUUUCUGACCGAGACUACGACCCAGAAAUACGCUGGACACCCCGAUUUACUGCCUCGCAUUCCACCUUCUCCGAUAUGAACACUAUUCCACGAAGCGCGUCCCCAGAGUCUGACCAUACCGUGCUCCAACAACAACAACCCAUGCCCCAAGGACAAGGACAGAAUCGUCAUAUGUCUGCAGACUCCAUACGGACUUUUGAAGGUGGAACCAAGUUUGUCGAAGGACUUUAA